UUUCCAUCUUCACGACACAGAGACUGAGACUCAGUUAACUGAAGAGGGAAAAACAUUUGUUCUUACCCAAAUACAAAUUCACAACCUAGAGAAAUUAAACGAGGAAAGGAAUUCGGUGAACAGGUGAAUCAGAUCUUGAGCGUUCCUCGAGGGAAGAAAAUCCCCAUGUCUCGAGGCUCAUGCGCAACACAGAAGAUAUAGCUAGAAGAUAACCAAGUGAUUUUCAAGGUUGAUCGGGGAGGAACAACGAACCAGAAGAAUCUAGUUAGAAGUUAGUUUGAGGAAUCAUGGAUGUGGAGAUGGAAAAUUCAACAUUGAGUGUUACUGGUGAAUCAUCUAUCCCUGACUCUGAUGUUCAAGAACAAAACCCUGUAUCUUCUGCUCAACCAACUUUGCCCCAAUCAACUCAACCUGUUAUUCCACCAGUUAUUUCUCCUGUUGUGCCUCCUCUUGCUCCAAUUCCUGUGGUUCCUUCCUCUCUUGUGCGGCCGCUGGCACCACUCCCAGUCCGGCCACCGGUUAUUAAACCACCAGUGCCACAAAAUGGCGACGUUGGGUCUAGUGAUUCUGAGUCAGAUGGUGAUGAUGGAGACACCAGAAUAAAUAAGGGUACUGGCGAGUAUGAAAUAUCAGAAGAGAGUAGACUGGUGAGGGAGCGACAGGAGAAAGCGAUGCAAGACCUCAUGAUGAGAAGACGUGCUGCUGCUCUUGCUGUUCCCACGAAUGACAUGGCAGUGAGGGCUCGUCUUCGACAUCUUGGUGAGCCGAUUACUCUCUUUGGCGAGAGGGAGAUGGAGAGACGGGAUAGGUUGCGGAUGAUUAUGGCCAAGCUGGAUGCCGAUGGUCAGCUGGAGAAGCUAACGAAAGCUCUUGAGGAUGAAGAGGCCGCAACUUCUGCUCCAAAAGAUGAGGCUGAGGAUGAUCUGCAGUAUCCUUUUUACACUGAAGGCUCAAAGUCUCUCCUCGAUGCAAGGAUUGAUAUUGCUAAAUAUUCUUUAGUAAGGGCUGCAUUGCGUAUUCAACGUGCCCAGAGAAGAAGAGAUGAUCCGGAUGAAGAUGUGGACGCGGAGAUGGAUUGGACAUUGAAGCAGGCUGCAAAUUUGAAUCUUGAAUUCAGUGAAAUCGGAGAUGAUCGACCACUUACAGGUUGCUCGUUCUCCCGGGAUGGAAAAGGGCUUGCUACUUGUUCUCUAACUGGGGCUUCCAAGUUGUGGAGCAUGCCUAAUGUAAAAAAAGUUUCUACCUUCAAGGGGCACACCGAGCGUGCUACUGAUGUUGCUUAUUCUCCUGUGCACAAUCACUUAGCUACUGCCUCUGCCGACCGGACGGCAAAGUAUUGGAAUGAUCAAGGAUCUCUUUUGAGAACAUUUGAGGGUCAUCUUGAUCGUCUUGCACGCAUUGCCUUCCAUCCAUCAGGGAAAUACUUGGGCACUGCUAGCUUUGACAAGACAUGGAGAUUAUGGGACGUUGAAACAGGAGAGGAGCUUCUUCUACAAGAAGGCCAUAGUAGAAGUGUAUAUAAUUUAGCUUUUCAUCAUGAUGGAUCGUUAGCCGUGUCUUGUGGACUGGAUGCUCUUGCUCGUGUAUGGGACCUUCGAACUGGAAGAAGUGUUCUUGCACUAGAAGGUCAUGUCAAACCGGUUCUUGGCGUCAGUUUUUCUCCUAAUGGAUAUCAUUUAGCCACUGGUGGUGAAGAUAACACUUGUCGCAUUUGGGAUUUAAGGAAGAAGAAAUCCUUGUACACCAUUCCUGCUCACUCUAAUUUAAUAUCGCAAGUAAAAUUCGAGCCACAAGAGGGUUACUUUUUGGUAACUGCAUCGUAUGACAUGACAGCUAAGGUUUGGUCGGGCCGGGACUUUAAGCCUGUGAAGACACUAUCAGGGCAUGAAGCAAAAGUUACUUCUCUGGAUGUCCUUGGAGAUGGUGGGUAUAUAGUUACUGUCUCCCAUGAUCGCACCAUAAAGCUGUGGUCUAGCGGCACUACUAGUGAGCAAGCUAUGGAUGUUGACUAAGCUAUUUUGGAUGAUGAGAUAUAUAAUUUGUAUAAGGACCCCGAUGAUAGGAAUUAGGUUUAUCAUUUUUGUUAGAAACAAAAGCUUAGUUCGAUUCCCUAGCUUGGAUUUUGAAUGAUUAUAAUUUUGUAGUAUAUGACGUUGGAAAUAUGUUAUUGCUUGUUGUAUCACAUGAGUUUGACUCAAUUUAGUGACAUAGGUUGAGACCGGAUAUAAUGCUAUAUUCUUUGUCACUUGAUGCAGCCUGAGUAAUUUGGUCUUUCAUUUA